AUUAUUAUUAUUAUUUAUAAUAAUGCCGAAAUCUGAAAAGAUAAAGUCUCCAAUUUUUAUUUUGCAGCAAAAUAAAAUCAAAGGAGUUAUACUUUCUACCAUUUUAGGUGUAAUUGCCUGUUUCGUUGUCUUCUAUGUCAUUGUUGUUGAGAUUAAAGGCCGUCGAGCAUUGAAAACACCAGAAGAAUGGAAAGAACUACUUGAAAAGCAUCCUUAUAAACGAGAGGAGUCAUACGCCAGAUCCCCUUGUCCUAUGGUAAAUACACUUGCUAAUCAUGGUUUUAUCUCCCGAGAUGGCCGUAAUAUCAAACUUAAUGAUUUCUUUGAUGCCUUGAUGUUAAUGGGAGCUCCACCCAUCGUCACAGACUUCUUUUUGAAAUAUGUUUACUCAACAUAUAAGGAAGUUGACCCUAAUGCAUCAUUUCUAUCGCAGUUUGGUCCUUUGUCUACUCUCGACCUGGAUCGCUUAACAAUUCCAGGUCUCAUUGAGCAUGAUGCUUCACUUACAAGACAUGAUUUAACUCGGAAACCAUAUAAUACCUCAUAUCCAGAUCCAAAAUUUGUAUAUAGGAUAGUUAAAUAUACUGAAUACGCCAAUAAGGACACUACACCCAAAGAUAUCUUUACUCGUAAGGACGAAAACGAUUUAAGAAAAUUAAGAUGGAAAGAAACCUUUAGGGAUAAUAAGUUUAUGCAUUUAAAGUUCUUCACACAGUUUGCAAUGAGUACAGAAUGUUCUUUAUUGAUGGAUAUUAUUGGCCGCGAUGGUCAUAUCACGGUUCCUCAUUUACAAUCAUUUUUAUUACAUGAAAGAUUUCCUGAAGAUUGGUAUCCUCGAGAAACAUCUUAUAGUAUGAAAGAACUUGCAACAAAACCUUUUAUGUGUUGGCAUGGUAUAUUGAAAAGUAAUAUAUCAUUAGAUGUAUUGGAUGAGCUUGAUUAAGUAAUUUUGCAUAUGUAUAUAAUAAACGAUACAUGAAUAUGCUCUAUACUUGAAUAUUCUAUAUCAUAUACAAUAUGUAUACAAUGAAUUCACGCAUUAGGCUUCUUUU